AUGUUAGCCUUACUAAUAACACAUGUAGUUAAUCCCUUGGCCUACAUUGUUCCCGUACUACUAGCAGUAGCCUUCUUAACCCUAAUUGAACGGAAAGUACUAGGAUACAUACAAUUACGUAAAGGCCCAAAUGUAGUAGGCCCUUACGGGCUAUUACAACCCAUCGCAGAUGGAGUUAAAUUAUUUAUUAAAGAACCCGUACGCCCCUCCACUUCCUCUCCAUUUCUAUUCUUAAUUACCCCCAUAUUAGCUCUCACCUUGGCCAUAAUACUAUGAGCACCAAUACCUAUCCCGCACCCCGUAACCGACCUAAACCUAGGCAUACUAUUUAUUCUGGCCCUAUCCAGCCUAGCAGUAUACUCCAUCCUUGGCUCAGGCUGAGCCUCUAAUUCAAAAUACGCCCUAAUUGGGGCCCUACGGGCAGUUGCCCAAACUAUUUCAUAUGAAGUGAGUCUGGGCCUAAUCUUGCUAUCCAUCAUCAUUUUCACAGGAGGUUUCACCCUUCAAAUAUUUAGCACAACUCAAGAAACAAUCUGACUCCUAUUACCAGCCUGGCCCCUAGCCGCUAUAUGAUACAUCUCCACCCUAGCAGAAACAAACCGGGCACCCUUCGACCUCACAGAAGGAGAGUCCGAGCUAGUAUCAGGCUUCAAUGUAGAGUAUGCAGGAGGCCCCUUCGCACUAUUUUUCCUGGCCGAGUACGCAAACAUUCUUCUAAUAAAUACCCUAUCAGCCAUUCUCUUCUUAGGCGCAACACAUAUUCCAACAAUACCAGAACUCGCAUCCGCCAACAUUAUAACUAAAGCUGCACUACUAUCCAUACUAUUCCUAUGAGUACGUGCCUCCUACCCACGAUUCCGAUAUGACCAACUCAUACAUCUAGUAUGAAAAAAUUUUUUACCAAUAACACUAGCCCUUAUUUUAUGACAUGCCGCACUACCAAUUGCCUUCACCGGACUGCCCCCACAACUAUAA